UUGCUAUUAUAUUGCCAGCGAAAUUGAGCCUUCGGAGAAGGACAGACGUUUGAGCACGAUACACGCGACGUUGCUGCUUCGUAUCCUUAGCCCUGUUGUCCGGAGCCCUCGCCUAUAAUGGCGGACUACGACUACGAGGAAGGCGCUUUCAUGGCGCUUUAUUUUCUACUUACGUUUCUUGUAAUCAUCCUCAUACCAUUGACGUGGUCCCUGAUACCCACUCUAAGAACUGAGGAAAUUGAGAGCUGUGAAUGCUCCCAAUGUUCGGACAAGCACCGACGGAGAGCAGCAACUAGAACAGUGUCCCUCUUCAGGAUUGGUAUUAGAGGCAUCAUUGCGAGCAUCCUGUGGCUCAUAUUCAUCGCCAUUGCAUACAAGCUUGCAACAACGACGACUGAGUCAAAAAUUUACGAUCCAUUUGCGAUACUGGGACUUGCCCCAACGGAGGACGCGAAAAUCAUCAAGAAGCAUUACAAGCGCUUAUCUCUCAAAUUCCAUCCCGACAAAGUUAAGCUAGCCAUCAACCAAACAAUGGAGGACGUAUCGGCUCGCUUUGUAAACAUUACCAAGGCGUACAAGGCCCUCACUGAUGAAACUGUGCGGGAGAACCUUCGCCUGUACGGAAACCCUGAUGGGAAGCAAGAUUUCAAAGUUGGAAUCGCUCUCCCUCCUUGGAUCAUUGAAUCUUCCAAUAAUGCUUACGUUCUUGGGGUAUACGGGCUUCUCAUUGGAGGUCUUUUGCCUUAUUUUGUUGGGAAAUGGUGGUUCAGUUCAAGGCAGCUGACUAAGGAUGGCGUCAAAGGGCGUACUGCUGAGAUAUUUUUUAAAAACAUCAAGGAGGAAGAUACAGUUGAGAAUCUCCUUCACACUCUUGCGUUGGGCUGGGAGGUUGAGCGGCAUAAAGCCUCGUCAUCCCCUUCAGAGGAGAAGCGGUUGGAAGAGGAGAUCUUGAAAAUUCUGAAGGAUAAACGUUCGGCAGUAAUAAAGGCUACCACGGGAUCCACUAGGACGGCACUCGUACUACUCUACGCACACCUUCUUAGACUUCAUAUCCGUGACAAGAAUUUGUCGAAAGAACAAACAGCUCUUCUGCUGCGUCUCCCCCAAUUUCUGUCGUCCAUCCUUGCCAUCACUCUCGCCCACAAUUGGCUAGCAACUGCUCUCCAUGUGAUGCACCUUCAUGCAUAUCUAGUCCAAGCCCUUUUACCACCUGAUGACCCCCGCUUGCAGUUUCCCGAAUUGCAACGCGCAGAUCUCUUAAGGCACAAAGCACUUGACGCUGGAAGCUUAUUCGAUGCGCUCGAGGCCAAGGGCGAUAAACGCAUCACAUCGAUAAGACGUUCUGCCAAGGCACUUGGUGUUCUCAAUGUGUUAGAUGCCCAUUUUAAAGUUAUUGGGGAGCGUAUUGUAACUCCUGGGGCAAUAGUUCAAUUGACUUUGAGACUCCAACUGACAUCCCCGUUGAUCAACUCUGCAGCCGAUGGAGAAAAUUUUGUCCCUCCAGAUCCUGUUCGCAGGUCAGGCGAAACUGACGUCGAUUUUUCAAAGCGUCGCGCAAAGGCUGCUGACGAGCGCGAGUUAACAUUUCUGAAUACUAAAGCUGAAGCUGAAGAUAGGAAUAUUAACAAGCAAUUAGCACACGCGCCGUACUGGUCAGAGGACCGCAAACCUGGCUGGUGGGUGAUGAUAGGCGACGAGAAAGUCAACAGAAUCAUCGUUCCCCCAAUUCGUGUUACCGAUGUGCCUUAUUGUGACGUGGAAACGGGUUCCAAACCGGAUCGCCUAUACAAACUCCAAUUCCAGGCUCCCCCUGAUGUUGGUUCGUUUGGUUUUCAGCUGCACUUUGUUAGUGACACGUUCCUCUGGGACGAUAUCCGGAGACCCAUUACUCUCAAAGUGGAGGAUCUCUCUGCUCUAGCUGCGGAUGAACAAGGAGCAGAGGACGAGAUUUCCGAUCCAGAUGAAGACACCCUUGCUGGUCAGAUGGCAGCUUUGCGGGGCGGUCCUGUGAAGAGGCCCGCCAAUUAUAACAGCGAUGAUGGGGAUAACGACGACGAUGACGAGAGCACGACAGAUGGAGACCAAAGUAGCAAUUCAUCGGACAGUGACAGCGCUAGUGACAGCGACUAAUUGUUUUGGGUGCCUCACCAAUAUAUAGUAUAUGAUAUAAUGACAAACGCCCGCUCC